UGUAUUCUUGGAUAACUCCGCACAAUCGGUCCUUCCUCACCUCUGCUGUAUCGCGACCACCUCACCAGAACUGCGCCUCCCCGCGCUGGUUGCGCUUCAGCCAGAAAACCGCAAAGAUGAUGCAUCCAUCGAGACAAGCCUAUGUGGAAGAGGCGGAAGUAGAGAGCAAAUGCUCUCUCUUUCAGACACCCGACACAGAUAUGGGAGGCAUUGACCUAGCCGAUCUCCCGACUGAUCGUGACUAUACCCUACCGACCGGCACGACUGGAGCUGGCGAGAAAGCCUCUGCCAUCCUUUCACAAUUCGAACAUAAACGCCGAGCAGCUGCCAUAGCUGUGCCAACCGCCGAUGCAAACGUCAAAGCCAGCCUGCGUCGUCUCGGCGAACCUAUCACGCUCUUCGGAGAAGGACCUGGCGAUAGACGAGAUCGAUUGCGAGAGAUCCUGACACUUCAGGCGGAAGCUGGCGAAGAUGGCUAUGUUGAGACUCAGAUGGGAGAUGCCGAGGAUCAGUCAGGCGAUGAGCAGGAAGAGUUCUACACGCAAGGCGUCCCACAACUGCUAGAUGCACGGAGAGACAUGGCACGAUACUCGCUACCUCGCGCGAAAGAACGAGUCGCAUUCCAGCGAGACGAAGCGUCAAUUGUUCUCCGAACCCAUGUCAAAUACCGCAAGAUUAUCAAGGAUCGAUUGCAGGGGUUCGAGCUGUACGGGUCGCAAGUCGCCGCCGACCGGCCGGUGGGUAUUGCACGGUUCUCUCCGAACGGCGAGUACAUUGCGGCCGGCAACUGGACUGGAAGUAUCAAACUACUCGACGUGCCGAACCUCGAUACGCAGCAGGUCUAUCGUGGCCAUACCGAUCGCGUUACAGGGGUAGCGUGGUCACCUGGAGCGACGCUUUCCGGAAGCAGCGUUUCCUCCUCGUCUGUGAACUUCGCCUCAGGAGGCGGUGGUGGGAACGUGCAACUCUGGUCGCUCGAUCAGACUGCCCCUUUAUCCACGCUAUCGGGCCACAAUGGAAGAGUUUGCAGGGUCGAGUUCCAUCCCUCCGGUCGAUACCUCGCGUCCGCUUCCGAGGACACAACUUGGCGUCUGUGGGACGUUGAUACGUCAACAGAACUACUAAUUCAAGAAGGUCAUUCCAAGGAUGUCUAUACCGUCAGCUUUAAUGCCGAUGGAUCCCUACUAGCCAGCGCUGGACUUGACAGCAUCGGACGUAUAUGGGAUCUUCGUACAGGCCGCGUUGUGUACGUCAUGGAGAGUCAUAUUAAGCCGAUAUAUGCCUUGGAUUGGAGCGUGGAUGGCUACCGUGUGCUUUCAGGCUCUGGUGAUGGCUUCGCCAAAUGCUGGGAUAUCCGUGCCAUGCGAGAGACGACUUCUAUCGGCGCCAAUGUGGGCGGAGUCACAGACCUGAAGUGGUUCAAGGGAACAGACGCGGCGACAAGUGGCAAGAAGCUUUCGAAAGAUGAGAAUGGAGACUUAAUCCCGAAGAAAGCAGGGACCUUCUUCAUCUCCUGUGGUUUCGACAAAAACAUCAAGAUCUUCUCUGAGGGAGAUUGGACCCUUUGCAAGACCCUGAGCGGGCACUCCGGGAAUGUUCUCAGCGCAGACGUCACCAACGAUGGAAAAUGGAUUUGCAGUAGCGGUCACGACCGCACCGUCAAGCUCUGGGCGAGAGACGAUCAAGAGGGAGUAUGAGUGUCUAGGAGUGGCACUGGAAAAUCGUCAUCAACGGCGCAGGUAGGCCGUAUGAACUACAUCACCCAAAGCAUCAUUUAUGCUUGAGAUCAUGCUUAGAAGGAGCGUCUCUUGCGCGCGGAAGUCUUCACCCGCUUCUAAUAGCAUGUCGAUAAAGUUGAGGAUACGAGAAAGCUCGGGACUACAUGUACUAAUUCAAACCCUCUCGAUACGUGUUGGUCCACGUCUGUUUCCUCUGUCAC